CCUCUGCCUAUAUAAACCCUGCCUCUCCCUACUCUCCUUAUUUCUGCCUUCUCGCUGAAUCCUCAACGUCAGUCGAAGGACAAAGCAGACAAAAUGCGCGAGUGUAUUUCUAUGCACGUCGGCCAAGCCGGAGCCCAGAUGGGCAAUGCAUGCUGGGAGCUGUACUGUCUGGAACAUGGUAUCCAGCCUGAUGGCCAGAUGCCAAGUGACAAGACUCUGGGAGGAGGAGACGAUUCCUUCAACACUUUCUUCAGCGAGACGGGGGCUGGGAAACACGUCCCCAGAGCCAUCUUUGUCGACCUGGAACCCACCGUCAUUGACGAGGUGCGAACAGGAACUUACCGACAGCUUUUCCACCCUGAGCAGCUGAUUACAGGAAAGGAGGAUGCAGCUAACAACUACGCACGUGGACACUACACUAUUGGAAAAGAGAUCAUUGACCUUGUUCUGGACAGGACUCGCAAACUGGCUGACCAGUGCACUGGCCUCCAGGGUUUCCUUAUCUUCCACAGCUUUGGUGGAGGCACUGGCUCUGGUUUCACCUCUCUGCUGAUGGAGAGACUCUCUGUCGAUUAUGGGAAGAAAUCCAAACUUGAAUUUGCUGUCUAUCCAGCCCCCCAGGUGUCCACAGCUGUGGUGGAGCCCUACAACUCCAUCUUGACCACCCAUACCACCCUGGAACACUCUGACUGUGCCUUCAUGGUGGACAAUGAGGCCAUCUAUGAUAUCUGCCGCAGAAACCUCGAUAUCGAAAGGCCGACCUACACCAACCUCAACAGGCUCAUUGGGCAAAUUGUGUCUUCCAUUACAGCCUCCCUUCGCUUUGAUGGAGCCCUAAAUGUUGACCUGACGGAGUUCCAGACCAACUUGGUGCCCUACCCACGUAUCCAUUUCCCUCUGGCCACCUACGCCCCAGUCAUCUCUGCCGAAAAGGCCUAUCACGAGCAGUUGUCAGUGGCUGACAUCACAAAUGCCUGCUUUGAGCCAGCCAAUCAGAUGGUGAAGUGUGAUCCCCGUCAUGGUAAAUACAUGGCCUGCUGCCUGCUUUAUCGUGGCGACGUGGUCCCUAAAGACGUCAACUCUGCUAUCGCCGCCAUCAAGACCAAACGUACCAUCCAGUUUGUGGACUGGUGUCCCACAGGCUUCAAGGUGGGUAUCAACUACCAGCCCCCCACGGUGGUUCCUGGAGGAGACCUGGCCAAGGUCCAGAGGGCUGUGUGCAUGCUGAGCAACACCACAGCCAUUGCUGAGGCCUGGGCUCGCCUCGACCAUAAGUUUGACCUAAUGUAUGCCAAGAGGGCCUUCGUCCACUGGUAUGUAGGGGAGGGCAUGGAGGAAGGAGAGUUCUCAGAGGCCAGAGAAGAUAUGGCUGCCCUGGAGAAGGAUUAUGAAGAGGUGGGCACAGACAGCAUGGGUGAAGAAGAUGAAGAAGGAGAAGAAUAUUAAAAGGGCUAGAAAAUCAUCCUGGCUUCGCCCCACAUUCCAAACGUUAUCAUUAUGGUAACACAUUCCUUGCUACCAUGUCGGCAUAGUUCUGAUAACCUUUGGUGAUUUUAUACAGUAUUACCAAUAAAGCUCCCAUGAACCGCUUUAAUGUCUGUGUGUGUUAUCAUU